AUGGAAAUUUUCAUGGCAUAUUCAUGUCUAAAUGCAAUGCUUAUAUUAUCUCUAUUGUUACUUUCAGCUUUUAGAGUAAACGGGCAAAUUAACACAGCAUGUACAAGUUCAACGAUAAGCAGCUUCACCCCAUGCUUUAAUUACUUGACUGGAAGCAGUGGCACUGGAUCUUCACCACCUGCAGAAUGCUGCAGUUCACUGAAAAAUCUCACGAGUGAUAGCAUGGAUUGUACAUGCCUCAUUGUAACUGGGAAUGUUCCAGUCUCAAUACCGUUUAUCAGUAGACCUUUGGCGAUUUCACUCCCUCGAAUGUGUAACAGUACCGUGCCGUUACAAUGCAAAGCCACCGGCAUUGCCUUACCAGCUCCAGGUCCUGCCUUAUUUGCGCCAACUCAAGCACCUGUUGCUCAUGCUCCUCAUGCUCAUAGUCCAAAAGCUUCCAAAGCGCCCGCAGCAGCAGCUGCACCACCACCAGCUGAUCAAACGCAACUCGAUAUUACACCGUCAGCUUCACCUAAAGGUUCAUUAGUUCCGAAAGCAAACCCGGGGAUCAAACCAGUUCUCACACCCAACUCAGCUUCAAAUCCAUCUAUCGUUUCCUCGUCAUCUCUUGUGAUAAUGCUUGUUGGAGUCAUUGUCCUAAAGUUAUUCUGA